AUGGAGAAUAGCAAGAGGCAAAAAAUUGUGCAAAUAUAUGAUAAUUCAGAAAUUGUUUCACAUCAUCCUUCAUCUCAUAAAAGUUUCAACCUCUCUAACAGAAAUCCUUUGUCCGACAUCACAAAUGAAGUACCGAAUAGUCGCGGUUCUAACAGCCAAACCAACGAAAUCCUUGGAACCAGUGAACAUGUUUUAACAAAUGCCACACAUAUGUCUCACGAUCAAUCUGUUGGAUCUUUCGAUGGCAUAUGCGGAGAAAACCGAGAGGAUUCUGAUAUACCAGACAAUGAAGUGAUUCAUUUGGAUGAUGAUGCAACUGUAAACCAGAACCAUCUUUUUCAAGCCACACACAGAAUUUUGUCGUCUGUCACAUCUGCUAAUGAAGAAUCAAUCGUAAGAAACUGCCUUCAAAAUUGGGAGGACGAAGAUAUUCCACCAAAUUCAGACUUCAUCUCUGACAUUGUGCAUCAGAAUUGCACCGAUAUGUUGUUGGAAAUAUUUUCAUCUCUUCGAUCAGAUUCUCUUGAAAGUGUAAGUUACGAGGAUUUUGGGCAGCCAGAUUGUAUAUGCAAAUAUUGUGGAUCACACAUGUGGUAUGGAGAGAGGAAUCAAAAGCACUAUAAGCCAUUUGUGCCAGAAUUCUCUAUGUGUUGCAAGGAAGGGAGUAUAAAAAUUGCAUACCCACCGUUGCCUGAACCUCUCGCUGAUUUGUAUUACUCUGACAAUAAAAGAAGCAAGUACUUUAUGGAAAAUAUUCGAUCUUUUAACAGUAUGUUUGCCUUCACAUCAAUGGGUGGCAAGAUUGACAGCUCUAUGAAUAGUGGCAACGCUCCUCCGACGUUUGUUUUGAAUGGCGAAAAUUAUCAUCGGAUCGGUAGUUUGCUGCCAAUGGAAGGAAAUGGCCCGAAGUUUGCUCAAUUGUACGUUUAUGACACCGACAACGAAAUCAAGAAUAGAAUGGCCGCUGUGAGGAUGGACGACGACAACGAUACGAUCAAAUCGUCAAUUGUUGCUGACCUUAGGGACAUUCUUGAUGAUGUCAAUUCCUACGUCAAACAGUAUAGAACUGCAAGAGAUACUUUAAAGGCGAGCAAUGCCCCUACUGUCAAGCUAAGAAUAUUAGGCAAGAGAAAUCGGGAUGGUCGGAGGUAUAAUUUGCCUACAGCGUCAGAGGUUGCAGCUUUAAUAGUCGGCGACUUUGAUUCUUCUGAUUUUGAAAGAGAUGUUGUUGUUGAAGAGAGAUCUGGUAUUUUGCAGAGAAUUUCAAUUUUUGAGCCAUCUUACUUCCCAUUGCAAUAUCCGCUUUUGUUUCCAAGAGGAGAGGAUGGUUACCGAAAAGAUAUUAGGUACAAUGAAUCAUCCAAUAAGACACUGAAAAAAAGGUUAUAUGUCACUCAAUUAGAAUGGAUGGCUUAUAUGGUCCAGCAUCGAGAAAGGAUUUUUUCAACUAUUGUUUUUUCACGGAGGUUGCUCCACCAAUUUUUAGUUGACGGAUUCAGUAUGAUAGAGUAUGCCAGGUUAAGGUAUGCAAGAGAUCAUCAAAAAGAGUUAAGGGCGGAUAUGUAUAAAGGAUUAACUGAAGCACUUCUAAGAGGAGAGACAAAUCCGGCUACUACUGGAAAAAGAAUUAUUUUGCCGUCGACUUUUGUUGGUGGUCCACGGUACAUGAUCCAAAACUAUCAGGAUGCAAUGGCUAUCUGUGGAUGGAUUGGAUAUCCCGAUCUAUUCAUCACGUUUACUUGCAAUCAUAAAUGGCCGGAGGUUGUUGAUUUUCUCAAAUUGCAUAAUCUAAGACCAGCAGAUAGACCUGAUUUGUCUUGCAGAAUUUUCAAGUUAAAACUCGAUCAUCUCAUAAAGGAGAUCAAGAAGGGCCAAAUAUUUGGAGAAGUCCGGGCAGUUAUAUAUACUAUUGAAUUUCAAAAGCGUGGACUGCCUCAUGCACACAUACUGGUGUUUUUGAAGCCAAGAUAUCGUUGUAAGAAGCCUGAGGAUCUUGACAAGAUUAUAUCAGCAGAGAUUCCAAACAAAGAUACAGAUGUGGAGUUAUUUAAUAUAGUGACUACGCUGAUGAUUCACGGCCCAUGUGGUGACCAAAACACAAGUUCGCCUUGCAUGCUCAAAAAUAGAUGUACCAAGCACUUUCCAAAGAAAUUUGUGGAUCAAACCGUGAUCGAUAACGAUGGAUAUCCAGUUUACAGAAGAAGGGACAAUGGAGUUUAUGUAAAAAAGGGAGAGUGUUUUGCAGACAACAGGUUUGUUGUGCCGUAUAAUAGAACACUGCUCUUGAAGUACAAUGCUCAUAUCAAUGUUGAGUGGUGCAACCAAAUUCGUUCAAUCAAGUACCUUUUCAAAUAUGUAAACAAGGGACAUGACCGCGUCACCGCAAACUUUUAUGGUGGUGGAGGUGAAAAUGGUUUGGAUGAGAUAAAAAUGUAUUAUGAUUGUCGAUAUUUGUCCGCGUGUGAAGCUGCCUGGAGAAUAUUCGCUUUUGACAUACAUUACAGAGAACCUUCGGUUGAACGGUUAAAUUAUCAUUUAGAAAAUGAGCAUUCAAUUACGUACGAAGAGAACGAGGAUAUUGUAGAUGUCAUAGAAAGAUCACAUAGAAAAACUACAAAGUUUUUGGCUUGGAUGAAAGCAAAUCAAAAGUAUCCAAAAGCAAGAAAUAUGACUUACAAUCAAUUCCCGACAAAAUUCGUGUGGAAAGCACAAGAUCAUGAAUGGACUCCUAGGCAGCUUGGUUUUUCGAUAGGAAGGGUCCAUUUUGCUCCACCAGGUUCCGGCGAAAGGUUUUACCUGAGAACUCUCUUAAACUACAUCAAAGGUCCGACAUCUUUCGAUGACAUCAAGACAGUCGACAGUGUCAAAUACAAUACUUUCAAGGAAGCCUGCUACGCUAUGGGGUUACUGGAUGAUGACAAGGAGUUUAUAGACGCCAUAAUGGAAGCAAGUCUUUGGGGAACUGGCACUUAUUUACGUAGACUCUUUGCGGAACUUAUGGUAUCUGAUCAGUUUGCCAGACCAGAUGUUGUCUGGAAUUCUACAUCCGCAAGUUUAAUUGAUGACAUUCUCCACAAACAGAGGCGGGUGCUUGGAGCUCCAGAUUUACGUUUGACUGAUGAGCAGUUGAAGGCUUAUGCAUUGGCCGAACUAGAAAUGUUGUUGCAGAGCUAUGGGAAGAGUUUGUCUGAUUUUCCUCCAAUGCCAAAGGCGGAUGCAUCGUUGGUCCCAGAUGUCGGGAGUAGAUUGAUUUAUGAUGAGAUGAACUAUAAUAGGUCUGUACUAGCUGCUGAACAUACCCGAUUGAUGUCGACCAUGACUUCGGAACAACAUAAUGUAUAUGAUACAAUCAUUACAAGAGUCAGGGAAGACAAGCCUGGUUUUUUUUUCUUAUACGGUUAUGGUGGUACGGGGAAGACAUUUAUUUGGAGAGCUUUGUCAGCUGCUUUAAGGUCUGAUGGUGAGAUUGUUUUAGCAUGUGCAUCAAGUGGGAUUGCUGCCUUGCUUAUACCCGGUGGAAGAACUGCACAUUCGAGAUUCGGUAUCCCUUUUAUAAUCGACGAGACCUCAAUGUGUGGAGUUACCCCAAAUACACCGUUGGCAUCGCUGGUGAUUAAGGCUAAACUUAUCAUAUGGGAUGAAGCGCCAAUGAUGCAUAAACAUUGUUUCGAAGCACUCGAUAGAUCUUUGAGAGAUGUUCUAAAGACUGUAGAUGAAAGAAACAAGGACAUACCGUUUGGUGGUAAGGUUGUUGUCUUGGGUGGAGAUUUUAGACAGAUAUUACCAGUCAUACCCAAAGCUCCCAGGCCGGAGAUUGUCUAUGCUUCAAUUAACUCAUCUGAUUUAUGGAGGUACUGUGAAGUCCUUACGCUUACAAAAAAUAUGAGGGUUCUAAGCGGCGCAUCUGAUGCUGACAUUGAAGAGAGGAAGUUGUUUUCUGACUGGGUUUUAAGUGUUGGGGAUGGUACAAUUGGGGAAAUCAAUGAUGUCGACAUAUCCGUUGAAAUCCCGUCUGACUUGCUUAUUCCAAGUUCAGGUAAUCCUAUUGCAUCUAUUGUUCAAAGCACUUACCCAAAUUUGUUAGGACACAUUGGUAAAGCAGAAUAUUUUCAAAGCAGAGCAAUAUUGGCACCAAAGAAUACAAUUGUUGAUCAGGUUAAUGAUUAUGUGUUAGACUUGAUUCCUGGUGAGGAAAAAAUUUAUUUGAGUUAUGAUACACCUUAUCAUAAAAACCUAGGCGGUGACGCAGUGGACGACAUCCACACCCCUGAAUUUCUCAACACCAUUGUUGCCUCCGGAUUACCAAAUCAUAGGAUUCGAUUGAAAGUAGGAGUACCUGUGAUGUUAUUGAGGACAAUAGAUCAAAAUUUGGGCUUAUGUAACGGUACAAGAUUGAUUAUUACAAAGAUGGGUAAAUUUGUGCUCGAGGCAGAGGUAAUAUCUGGAUCUAAUAUAGGUGAAAAGGUGUUUAUUCCAAGAUUAUCGCUACAGCCGUCUGAUACUAGAAUUCCGUUCAAGUUUAAACGAAGACAGUUUCCGUUGUCUGUCUCAUUUGCAAUGACUAUUAACAAGAGUCAGGGUCAGUCUUUGAAAAAUGUUGGUGUCUAUCUACCGUCUUCUGUUUUUUCACAUGGACAAUUGUACGUCGCAAUAUCGAGGGUUACUUCAAGGGAUGGUUUAAAGAUGUUGAUCAAUGACGAGGACGGCCAAGAUACUGAUGUGACAUCAAAUGUGGUCUACAAAGAAGUUUUCCGCAAUGUGUAG